AUGAGGAAGGAGAGCGAGCAUGGUGAGUGUUAUAUGGCAAUGGUUGGAAACUUGGUGUGGAGGAAAUUAUGGAAGCUGCAUAUUCCAAAUGAAAUUAAAGUUUUUGUGUGGCGAGCUUUGCAUGAUAUUCUUCCAACUCGUGAGAACCUCGUUUGUCAACAUAUUGUGGAAGACGGUACCUAUGAACUCUACAAAAGAGGUUAUGACUCUAUCCUACACAUAUUAUGGGAAUGUAGUGUGGCACAAGAUGUAUGGGCUGGGUGCUCAAGGGGUUUACAAAAGUGUGCUAGUGGCCAGAAGGAUUUCCUACAAUUGGUUGAAGAGCUAUUGAACAAGUUGUCGUUGGAGGAGUUUGAGCUGUUUUUGGUACAAGCUUGGCUUUGGUCCCAACAAAACACAAUUACACAUGGUGGAACCAUGCAGGACCCAUCUCGAUUGGGGCAAAGAGCUAGCAAUUUUUUGGAGGAAUACAGGGAGAUGCAAACCCAUAUGUUCAUCCCAACAUCCAAUGCCAAAAGCUCUACAUGGAGUCCACCACCCCAGCGAUGCUUUAAACUCAACUUUGAUGUUGCUAUAUUCCAUGACAUAAAUGCAUCGAGGCUCAGAACAGUGAUUCGAAAUGAGUUAGGAGAGGUUAUGGCUUCAUUAUCAACAAGAGGUCUGUCGAUUAUUGACAGCGAGGAGACGGAGGUGCUGGCUUGUUGCAAAGCACUAGAGUUCACAGUCGACUUAAGUUUCUCGGAGUUGAUCGUUGAGGGAGAUAAUAUAACUGUCAUGAAGUCAAUCUCUUGUCCACGACCGAAUCAAUCUCGCUUGGGACAUUUGCAUACAGAUAUUUAA